AACAAUUCGUCGCGUUUCGCAUUCGUGUCUUUCUUUUGGUAAUUUUGUUGUGCCGAAGCCGAUUAAUGAAUUUUGUGAAAAUAUUACCUAAGGAUAAUAAACCUACAACUUUGUGUACCAUGUCAAAUAAUACCGUCAGUUCAAAAAAGCUUGCGUUUUCUCCGUCUGAAAGAAAGCUGAUUAUAGCUUUAGUAAGGGAACGGCCUGUCAUUGAAGAUAAGCGCGUCAACGCUAAAAAUAUCCGGUUGAAGAAACGGGCCUGGGAAGAUCUCACCAUCGCUUAUAAUUCUCAACCGUUCGUCUCAAAGAGGCUCACACACCAAUUGAAAAGAUGCUGGGAGAACAUGAAGACGAUAAGAAAGAAGGAACUUUCUCAGGAAUCGUUGACUUUGAAACGCAUCGGUGGAACUGCAGAUCCUCUACAUCUGACGAAAGAUGAAAAUGGCUGUACGUCUGACAAUGAUAUAAGCACAAUUGACUCAUUUAUUAACGUGCAAGUCCCGGAAGUAAUCGAUUCAAAUUCAAUUGAGGCUAAACCUGAUGCAGAGGAACCAUAUUUCGAAAACCAUCUUGAUCCAGACAAUGACGAUCCAAUAGUUACAUCAAUAGUAAAGACCUUCUCCAACGACUUUAGAGUACUACCCUUAUUCGAAAAGAAGCUAUUUGACUACACGCGCGUGCGCCACUACUCUCUGCGACGCAACCGGUUGUUAGGGUGCCGCUGGCGGCGGUAUAUCGACACUAAUAUGGGCCGAGAGCGGAACCCCUUCCAGUUUCCCAAAGUCGACGACUUCCACUUCUACAACUAUCAUAAUCGGUACGCUCCAUCGCAAUCGAUUUGCAAAAUCGCUCGCCACCAUCGACAACUGGCGCCGGGUCCCGGGGUCGACAAAUACGGGCAAAUGCCCAUCCCUGACGACAUGCAUUUGCGCAAAACCGUCGGCAUUGCCAAGAAGUGGGUCUAGUCGGCCAUUUUGCUAACCGCCAUCUUGUGAAGCCCGCUAUUUCGAAUAGGUUUUGAUGUAGAUUUAUUUUGGAUUAAAUAUUUUUGGUUACGGGUUUAGUGUAUUGGU